CAAGAAUCAGCGCCUCUGUAGAUAAUAUACAGAACUUAGUUAUACUAUUUAAAGUCAUCUUAUUAUAGUUAAUAAAAAUGCUAUAUAACACAUUGAAAAUAUAUUUGACAGAACGUAACAUGAAGUUAAAAUUGAAGAUUAUUAUUUUUUAAAAUAUUAACAAAAAAAUGCUUAAUAUUUCAUAUAUUUUAUGUGAAAAUAUCGGCUGUUAUUUUAAUGCACCUUACGGCACUUAUGUGAACUAAAAAGUACAGUUACCACUGAAUGACGUGUUACACUUAUUUCUUGAUUGUAAAUUGUAAAUAUAUUAAAAAAAAGAAUAGUCUAAUUAGGUAACAUAAAAAAAGUGUAGUCAUGAUGGAUGAACUGAAAUUAGAUCACCGUGCUAAAAAGAGGAUCAAAGAGGUUAAAAGGAAAGCUAGACCAGAACUUGGUGAUAAGGCAGCUUGGAUCCAACAUGGCUACAGCAAGAAAUUUGAAUCUUUUUGGAAUUUUACGGACAAUGUGGAUCGUAUAGAUGAAUCCAAAGUAUCUACAGAAGAAUUUAUAGAAAAAUAUGAGAAACCUUACAAGCCUGUGAUAAUACAAGGUGUUCAAAAUGGUUGGAAAGCCCAAUAUAAAUGGACUAUAGAGAGAUUAGUAAAAAAAUAUAGAAAUCAAAAAUUUAAAUGUGGUGAAGAUAAUGAAGGAUAUAGUGUAAAAAUGAAAAUGAAAUAUUAUGUACGCUAUAUGCUUAAUAAUGAAGAUGAUUCGCCUUUGUACAUCUUUGAUAGUUCCUUUGGUGAACAUCCUAGACGAAAAAAAUUAUUAGAAGAUUAUGUUAUUCCUAAAUAUUUUCGUGACGAUCUUUUUCAAUAUGCGGGUGAACAUCGAAGACCACCAUACCGCUGGUUCGUUAUGGGACCUGCAAGAUCUGGUACAGGCAUACACAUAGAUCCAUUAGGAACAAGUGCCUGGAAUGCAUUAAUUUCUGGACAUAAACGGUGGUGUUUAUUUCCUACACAUACUCCAAGAGAUCUUUUAAAAGUAUCAGCAGCUGAAGGUGGCAAACAAAGAGAUGAAGCUAUUACAUGGUUUUCCAUUAUUUAUCCACGUACAAAAUUGCCUACAUGGCCACAAGAUUGUUUACCAAUAGAGAUUUUACAAAAUCCUGGUGAAACUGUUUUUGUUCCUGGUGGUUGGUGGCAUGUUGUUUUAAAUCUUGAUGAAACUAUAGCUGUUACUCAAAAUUUUUGUUCGCGUACAAAUUUUCCAGUAGUAUGGCACAAAACGGUGAGAGGAAGACCAAAAUUGUCACGCAAAUGGUUAAAAGUACUCAGGGAUAAAGAACCAGAAUUAGCAGCACUUGCUGAAACAAUAGACGUAAAAGAAGAUACAGGUGUUGCUAGUGAUUCUUCGAGCGGUUCGUCAAGCAGUUCUUCAAGUAGUAGUAGUAGUAGUCAAUCAGAAGAAAGUGCAGAUGAUAGUGGCCAAGAAUCAUUAACAACACAUAAGAAGAAGAAGAGAAGAAAACUAAAUAACAGCCAACCCUGACAAUAUCAAGCAUUUGGGACCUACAAAAACCUCAGACUGUACAGUAUUAAUCAACAAUUAUUGUUUGUACUAAGAGUAAAUAUUAUAAUUAUUACCACCUUCAUGUUCAUAAUAAAAUAAAUGCUAGAUAAUACCAAA